GGCCGCCUGAACACUGACAGCCCCUCUGUGGCACUCUGCACCUUCCACACCGAGGACUCAGCUCUUAGGGAACAUCCUCAUGGAGGGCCGUCUCACCUGCGGACUGUGGCUGCUCACCUGGCUGCUGGGAUGUGGGCGACUCUCUGCUUUCAACCUGGACACCGAGAAUGUGCUGAGGAAGGACGGGGACCCGGGGAGUCUGUUCGGCUUCUCUCUGGCCAUGCACCGGCAGCUUCGCCCUGAGGACAAGAGAAUGUUGCUGGUUGGAGCGCCACGAGCAAAAGCCUUACGUGGUCAGAGAUCUGCAAUAACAGGAGGACUCUACAAAUGUGAAAUGAGCUCACCGUCUUCUGCAUGCACAAGAGUUGUUUUUGAUGACAAUGAGAAUUCUAAAACAGAAAGCAAAGACAAUCAGUGGUUGGGGGUGACCGUCAGCAGUCAGGGGCCGGGAGGCAAGGUUUUGACCUGUGCCCAUCGUUACCAGCGGCGAAACAAUGUGGACUCACCCCUUGAAACCCGUGACAUCAUCGGCCGUUGCUAUGUGCUGAGUCAGAACUUAGUUAUCAAUCCUCUGUCAGCUGAAGAUGGAGGUAGCUGGCAUUUUUGUGACAACCGUCCAAAAGGCCAUGAGAUGUUUGGUUCAUGUCAGCAAGGACUCUCUGCUACAUUUGACAAGGAUUUUCACUACUUAAUUUUCGCGGCUCCUGGAGCUUACAACUGGAAAGGUGUGGUACGCUUGGAACAAAAAAAUGACACUUUUGUGGAAAUGGGAAUAUUUGACGAUGGACCAUUUGAAGCAGGAGAUGAGACUGAUAAGAACCCUAACCUGGUCCCUGUCCCUUCUAACAGCUACAUGGGGUUCUCUCUGGACUCAGGAAAGAGUUUGACCAAGAAGGGUCAGCUGACCGUAGUGGCAGGAGCUCCCAGAGCAUACUUCAGUGGAGCAGUGGUCCUUCUGAAGAAAGGCAAAGAGACGAGCAGGAUCUUGUUAGAGGAGUACACCCUGAAAGGGGAGGGACUGGGCUCAUCUUUUGGAUACGAUGUGACUGUGCUGGAUCUUAAUGGGGAUGGGUGGGAAGAUAUAGUGGUGGGAGCACCUCAGUACUUUGAGAAGGAUGGAGAAAUUGGAGGAGCCAUCUACGUCUAUUUUAAUAAAGGUGGAAAAUGGGACCAAGUCCAACCUACUAGAAUAGAUGGACCUUUGGACUCUAUGUUUGGCCUAACUGUGGAAAACCUGGGCGAUAUUAAUCAGGAUGGUUACCACGAUUUUGCAGUGGGAGCUCCUUAUGAAGACAGCGGUGUUGUUUACAUCUACCAUGGAUCAGCUAAAGGAAACAUUGAUAAAAAAGCUGCACAAGUGCUUUCUGGUAACUCUAUGGGAGUGAAGUUGUUUGGAUACGCUUUGGCAGCCAAUAUGGACCUGGAUGGGAACUCCUAUCCAGACCUGGCUAUCGGAUCCCUUUCAGACUCUGUUUUUGUCUACAGAGCCCGGCCAGUUGUUAACAUCCAGAAGGAAAUUUCUUUCACACCAAGUAAAAUCGACCUGAGCAACAAGAACUGUGGCACCACUGUCUGCUUGGAAGUGAAAGCGUGCUUCUACUAUGAUGCAACUCCAAACAGCUACACUCCUACACUGACUGUAAAAUACUCUCUUGAGGUGGAUGCAGAUCACAGGAAGAAUGGCCUCAUACCCAGGGCAUUUUUCACAGAGCCUUCUGGUUCUGAUCAGUAUAAGUCCAGUGGUAUCAUUGUCAUGAAGGAAAAAGGAAAGAAAGAAUGUGUCACACAAAAGCUUGUCUUGCAGGAAAAUAUUAAAGACAAGCUACGUGCAAUCCCCAUUGACGUGUCCGUGAACAUCCAGGAUGCUCAACGUAAACGCAGACAGAGCUCCACCGCUCAACUCUCACCUGUCCUGGACGCCAAAGAUCAAAUGAAAACUCGAGAAAAGGUGGGAUUCUUGAAAGAGGGGUGUGGCAGUGACGACGUGUGUGAAAGCAACCUGCAGGUGAAAUAUCGCUACGGCUACAGGACCACUGAUGAAGAUACGUUCACUCCAUUACCACUGGAGAAUGGCGUGCCGGUGAUCUCACUCAGCACCCAAAAGGACAUUGCCUUGGAGGUCACGGUAACCAAUCUGGAUAAAGAUGAUGCAUAUGAAGCGUUGGUGAUCAUAAACUUUCCCAACUCCUUGACCUACUCUGCUUACCGUGUUUCAGUUAAUGAGCUGCCAGUCUCCUGUAAAGCAAAUACAAAUGGUUCUAGUGCCGAGUGUGAGCUCGGAAAUCCUUUCAAGGGUGGCGCAAAAACAACCUUCUACAUAAUUGUGAGUACAGCUGGUAUCUCUCUUGGUGUCACCGAAGUGGAAAUUAACCUGCAGUUAAACACGACGAGUACCCAGCCGAAUCUAAGUCUCGUCAAAGCAAAGGCGAAGGUGGCCAUCGUGUUGCAGCUGACCCUAUCAGGACAAGUCCAACCAUCUCAAAUCUACUUUAGUGGAGAGGUCAAAGGUGAUUCGGCCAUGAAAACUGAAAGCGAAAUUGGCGGUGCCAUCACACACUUGUUCAGAAUUAUUAACCUGGGAAAGCGACUGACAGACGUCGGAAGUGUGACCCUCGUUAUAGAGUGGCCAAAGGAGACGAUGAAUGGAAAGUGGCUGCUCUACCUGAUGAAAAUCAGCUCCAAAGGAGUGGAACAAUUUAAGUGCACUCAAAAAGAGGAGAUCAACCCUCUUAAUAUAGAACCAGUUAACAGCAGAUCGAGGAGGUCAGCAGGAAGCAGCCAGAAGGGGAUCGACGGCACUAUUUCACGCUUAAUUGAGAAAAAGAAAUCUAAAAUUUUGUCUUGUGGCGGUGGAGCAAACUGUAAGACAAUAAAGUGCCCCCUGGGGGGCCUGGACAGUAACGCAAUCAUCACUGUCAACUCUCGCCUUUGGAACAGCACUUUCAUAGAGGAAUUUUCAGAGUUGCACCACGUGGAGGUGGUGGUGAAGGCGUCGCUGCACGUUGACAGCACAGUGAAGAACACAGUACUGACGAAUGCUGAAACUGAGGUGAGACUCACUGUGUUUCCAGAGAUGCGUGCUGCUCAGUAUGGAGGAGUACCGUGGUGGAUCAUCGUGCUGUCCAUCCUGUUCGGACUGUUGCUGCUGGGCCUGUUGGCGUUCCUCCUUUGGAAGUGUGGCUUUUUUAAGCGUGCCAAAUUCAGAGACGAGGUUCCCAGUUACAGCGCAGUUCGGAUCAGGCGGGACGACAGAGCGGUAAACACACGGAAUGGUAACUGGGACAAACCGGAGAGGAAGCCAUGGAUGACGACUUGGCACGACAAGGAACAUUAUUCUUAACAUCUGAGGAAAUCUGACUGCAGUCGCUUAGCGAUGGACCACAAGUUUGCCUAAUCUUUCUGCCCUGCUCAUGUACACUAAGGAUUGUAAAUACCAAGACACGAACUCAAUAAUUUGGAGAUUAGUCUUUUAAAGGCUAAAUACUGGAUGAAACGUUCGUGUGCAGGGGCUGGCUUGUUCUUGAACUGUGUAGGAGAUGAACCUGCACGACUGCAGAGCUUUUGGAGCUUAUUUGGUACAUUCAGUGUUGACUGGGGGCUUGGCGGGUUUUAUUUUGCACAUUUUAAUAUUUGUGGUUCUUUUAAUCUUUUGUAUUUAUUGUUGUAAGGAGUAUUUUGUUAGACAAAGUUAAGUCAGGUCAUCUGGACAGUUUUUUUUUUUUUUUUAUUGCCGAGACAUUUCGUCCUUCAUCCAGACUUUGUCAGUCCCAGGAGCCACAAUAAACUCAGUCCCACAGGCAGCGCACACAUAAUGGGCCAACCAGUUUGAUGGUGAUAAGAUGGUUUCUGGGGCCCGCCCUCUCCCCCGUCAACUCCUCUGAGGCAGCCAAACUGGUUAAAAACGUCAAAGUUAAUCCUCAAUAAGCCAGGUAAAAAAAAUCCCAACUAAGUCAGGUCAUCUGGACAGGUUUUUAUUUUUUUUGUUGA